AUGGAAGCCGGGUGGGGGAGCAGCCAGCCAAGCCAGCCAGCCAGCCAGUCAGCCUGUCAGCCAGCAAAUCCGCCAGAAAACCCGCCGCGAAAUAGGCAGCACGCCAGCGACAAGCCAGCGACAAGCCAGCGAGCAAAUAGCAAGCAGCAGCCUCCCCCAACGCCCCCACCCGCUGUAGUUUUGACACCUGCGCCGUCCAAUUACGCGCAUGCGCCCAAUCAGCACUUUCGGCCCAGCAGCGUGACCGUCGCACGCCCAGAACAAACACGCCCUGCGCUCGUUGGCUGUCAAUUCACGGUUAUCAUCCAUUAG